UCUCCCAUCCUCGCCCACGUUGGGCACUUGCCUUAUCUUCUACAGUACUGAGGGAGAGAUCGUGAGGUCACAGUCCUCGCCUCACAGUCUCACGCUCUCUUCACAGUAAGCCCCUUAACCAAAAAUUGUAAAAGCAGAUUAUAAUCACCAAUCUCAAUAAUUGGAGCAAUGGUUUCAGUCAUAUUUUCAUCACUUGCUCAGUCCUCCCUAUCGGCUUUCUCAAACCCAACCUAUGCCUUUCUUCUCAAACCAAACCGUAACUUUUCUCAGCGGUUCUCAUAUCCGCCUUUACCAUGCUCCCCAUUUCGGAGACGACAUUCUUCAAUUUGCUUUGACAGUUCCAAAGAAGAUUCUGGCGCCAAUUUCCCGGGAAAGGAAGUCCUAAGGCGAUGGGACGUGCCUUGGGAGUGGCAAACAGUUUCUCUAACCUCGUUUGCUUGCGGAUUAAGUUUUGUUUUGACAGGAUUGGUCGAGGCAGCAGCUGUGCCCUACCUAGGGCUUCAAAUUGGCGAAUUGAGCUUAGAUGAGAAGGCAGAAAUAUUGUUUGUGGAUCAGGGCAUUACAACUGCAGUUGUACUUGGAGUUAUAUAUGGUAUUACUAACACAUUCCAACCACUUCCCGAUGACUUCUUUCGCUAUGAUUUGAGGGAACCUUUCAGUCUGCAGAAAGGGUGGCUCUUGUGGGCAGGAAUUGGGCUUUUUGGUGCCAUAAUUGCUAUUGCUUUAACAGGAGCGGCAAUGUCCUUGUUUAGUGGUGAGACCCCAGAGAGAGAGACUGAUGCUCUAGUUCGUUUGCUUCCGUUGAUUGGAUCUUCAAGUAUUAGCACUGCCUGCCUCGUUGGCAUCACAGGUGUCCUUGCUCCACUUCUUGAGGAGACUGUAUUUCGAGGGUUUUUUAUGGUCUCCCUAACCAAGUGGGUUCCUACACCAGUUUCUGUUCUUAUUAGUGCUGCUGUAUUUGCACUUGCUCAUCUCACUCCUAGCGAGUUUCCUCAACUGUUUGUGCUAGGGACUGCUUUGGGAUUUUCAUACGCUCAAACUCGCAAUCUUCUAACCCCAAUCACAAUACAUGCUACGUGGAACUCUGGAGUAAUCUUGCUGCUCACUUUUCUUCAGCUUCAAGGAUAUGAUAUCAAGGAAUUGUUGCAAGCAUCUUCAUAGGAGCAGUUGUUUUCUCUUCAAUGGCAUGGAUCUUGUGCCGAUUUGGCUUCUUUGGUUCCUCCCAUUGGACCAUACUGAUUUUCCUCCCUCCUUUUAUAUAUGAAAUCAAAACAAGGAAAAUGGCUGAUGAAGGCAAUGAACAUUUGUUUGAUUAGUUGACACUUACCAAUGAAACUGUGAGUAUAAAGACAGAUUGUAGAUCUCUUUAACAACUUGUCUUCAUGGCUUGUGUUUGCCCUUGCUCCAUUUUAUUUUAAGCCAAGGACCAUAGGUAUGAUCA